UGAAUCAUUUGCUUUGCUUCUCCGUUUCCAGGUUCAUCAUGGCAGGACCCAUCAAUCAAGCCAGAGCUCAGAUCUUUAAAAUAUUUAACGGCGAGCCGCGCUCCUACUCGCGCUUCAGCGCCAACCAGAUCAACGACGAGGAGGAUAUCGAGGUGGAGAUCAAACAGUCCGACGGGGUGGAGGAGGAAGUCGUCGGCACUUUUACUCAGAAGCGGCAGCGCUCGUAUCAGAAAAUCUACGCCCUGGUACUGGCGUUCGUCUUUUUCUUCCUGAGCGGUUACCUUGUGGGAUACGUGAGUCAUCGCAAACCCAAAGUCGACCAAAACGCCGGUGUUCAGAAUGGAUCAGGCUCUUCUGCGGUAUCGGAAAGUCUCGAUGAUGAAAGUAGUAGUACCGUGAACGAAGCCGAAUCCUCAGAACCUUUUCUGGGCUGGACCAGCAUCACCAAUAUGCUGAAGGAAAAGCUGUCGACCAAAGCGUUCGAUGACAGAUUAAGCAAAAGCACUACCGGCACGCAAGACAUGGGCAUCGACGACGAGAGUCUGGCUACACAAGUGAUGGACGAGUUUCAGAGGUUCCGCAUGAAUCCCUGGACAGAUGUGCACUACGUUAAACUGCAGGUGCCCUCCAGUGAGAAACCAAACAAGGUCUCAUUCGGCUCUGAAGAGAUCGGAAGCCCACGGGGUUACCUGGCUUACAGCGCUCCAGGAAGGAAACAGGGCAAAGUGGUGUACGCUAAUUACGGUCAGAUGGAAGACCUGAAGUACCUCAAGGAUACUAAACUGAACCUCACAGGGACUGUGGCUUUGAUGAGAACUGGACAGAUCAGCCUGGCUGAGAAGGUUGCAAAUGCCGCCAAGUUCGGUGUGGCUGCAGUUUUAAUUUAUCAGGAACCUGCCAGUGUCAAUUCUGAGCUCAACACUGAAUUAUAUGGACACGUUCACCUUGGAACUGGUGAUCCUUAUACCCCAGGCUUUCCUUCCUUCAACCACACCCAGUUCCCCCCCUCCAAAUCUUCUGGACUGCCUGAAAUUCUAGCACAGAGCAUCACUGCAGAAACGGCCCUCAAGAUUCAUCAGAAGAUGGGAGGACAGGAAGCUCCUGACUCAUUUAAAGGAAAACUGUCGCUCGGGAGGUACACGCUGGGCGGAGUCAGUGACGUCACCGUCACUGUUAAUAACGUCCUGGCCGAAGCCAAGAUCUACAACGUGUUCGGGGUCAUCCAGGGAUUCAUCGAUUCUGAUCAGUAUGUGGUGCUGGGGGCUCAGAGAGACGCUUUCAAAAACGGAUUCGCCAAGUCCAUGGUCGGGACCAGUCUCCUGCUGGAGCUCGCCAAGGCCAUCACGGAUAUGGUGAAAGCUGGAUUUAGACCCAGGAGAAGCAUUGUGUUUGCCAGCUGGAGUGCCGGUGAUUACGGCAGCGUCGGCUCCACAGAGUGGCUCGAGGGUUAUCUGGCCUCACUGAACAGAAGAGCGUUUACCUACAUCAGCCUGGACGGAACAGUGACUGGAUCCAAGCAGUUCAAAGUAUCAGCCAGUCCGCUGCUGCACAGGCUCCUGGAGGCUACCAUGAAGGAGGUGAAGAGCCCUGUGAGAAAGGAAGAGACCCUCUACCAGGUUUUCGGCGGGAGUAAUUUGGCUGAAUCAGUUUUGGAACCCAUGAGGAUGGACGAUGGUGCUUAUCCAUUCCUGGCUUUCUCCGGAAUUCCCUCCAUUUCUUUCCGCUUCACCUCAAACGAGGCCUAUCCGCAUUACGGAACAAGCCUGGACGUCAAAGAAAAGCUGAACCUGGCCACCGAGCAGAGGCUGUCCGAGUUCUGCGUCUCCGCGGCUCAGGUGGCCGGUCAGAUGGCUCUCCGGCUGGUUCACGACCACAUCCUGAAUCUGGACGUCUCCGCGUACACCAAGAUCAUCAGAAAGAACGUGUUCAUCAUCAGAAAUCUUGUUGACGCCGUGAAAAAAGUCCAGUCUGGUGUGUCGGCGAGUCUUGCGUCUUCGCCGCUGUCGUACAAGUGGCUCAUUGAAGCUUCGGGGUCAUACUCUCGUGCCGUGUCCUCUCUGCUGACCGAGAUUGAGAGGAGUGACCUAAAUGACAUGGGCCGGUGUCGCAACAUCAACGAUCGUAUCAUGAGGGUGGAGCACAACUUCCUGUCGCCGUACGUCUCUCCGAGAGAGACUCCUUUCCGCCACGUCUUCUUCGGCUCCGGCGACUAUACCAUCAGCGCGCUGCUCGAGCACCUAAAAGACCUCAAGGAGCAGGCCGCGGGGUCCGACGCCGAUCUCUUCCGUAACCAGUUUGCCCUGGCCACCUGGACCAUCCAGAGCUGCGCCAACGACCUCGCCGGGGACGUCUGGGCCCUGGAUAAUGUCGUCGACUAAACAGUCAGAUUUAAGACCCACCAGUAAGCAGACGGUGAAGGAUCCACCCACCCAACCCUCCAAUACGGCAGCUAGUUUUAAAAAACAUCCGUUAUUUUUUUAUUUGGAGGUAUUUAUGUUUAUUUGAAUGUUAAUGACCAGGGCAGCUUAAUUAUAUCAAUAAUAAUGCUAAUUACACGGCUAGUCCAGUACCUUAACCACUGAGCUGUCAUUUACACUAUCACUUACUAUUAAUUACUGUAGUUUCCUCCUACCUGCCUGCUGAAGGUAGAUUGGAUGCCCUAUCUAUUCAAAAUGCCCUCAUGUCUGAGUAAAUGUGUUUGUUGCCCUGUAGUACCCUAACCAAGAUGUAUUUCUGGCUUGCUACCAGAACACACUGAUAUGCCAAAACAUUAUGACCACCCGGCUUUGAUGUAUUAACAGGUCCUUUAACUUCUGUAUAUUCCUGGGUUGAAUGUCCUCUUGUGCAUUCUGGUGCCAUGUCUUCCAGUAUUGUUUGCUUUGAUGUCCAGUCUGAUGCCUUUAUGACAGGAGUAAGCGUGAACACUGAGGCUGGCCUGUUUUCUCAAAGCCCUGUACACAGUAGGUUGUGGAUGGACAGUUGUGGCCUUGUGGUUAAGGUACUGGACUAGUAAUCCAAAGGUUGCUGGUUCAAGCCCCACCACUGCCAGGUUGCUACUGUUGGGCCCUUGAGCAAGGCCCUUAACCCUCAAUUGCUUAGACUGUCUACAGUCACAGUACUGUAAGUCGCUUUGGAUAAAAGCGUCAGUAUUGAACCACUGUAGACCUUCUGAUGGUCCAUACCAGACUCCGGCAUCAAUAAGUCUUGGCGACCCAACAGCCUGUCUUUGACCACUGCUUGCUCCUUGUAUUUCUUGAGAUGCUUUAACCCAGCAGUCUGGUCAUAACGAUUUGACUCUUAUUAAAGUUGCGCAGAUGUUUAUGCCUGAUCAGAUCCGCUGCAUUCAGCACGAAAACUACAAGUAACUACCAUCAGCCCAAUAUAUAAGAGAUCCCUGACUGUGACAUGCUCCUUUUUUUUGCCAGUGGUUGUAAUGUUUUGGCUCAUCAGUGUAUAAUUGAAAAUGAAUUACAAUCGUAAGAAUAAUAAUAGUUAUAGCACAUUUAAUACGAGAACAUACUGUUUAUUUGUUGUUUAUUGUUUAUUUGAAGAUGCUUUUUAAAACUAGUAGUGGUUGGGAAAAACCAAAUUAAGGUCAAUCAAUGGUGUAUAACAGCAAAAAGCUGCUUCACCAAUAUUUCUGUAGUGUAUUCUUAAUAUAUGCAAGCACUUAUGAUUCUAAACAGUACUUGAUGAUCAACUACAAUCGUUAAAAUGUUACCCUUCACACAAGCAAUUUAAAUGAAUCUGGUGAAGCUUACAUAUCGGUUGGGUUUUUAAGUUGCCCAUCAAACAAGGUGGAGGUUGGUUCUCUUCUUGGAUAAUUUAGACAGCUGCUGAGAUUUCUGCUUUGCUAAUGAGAAGGACGUUUCUAAUUUGUGUGUUCUGGUCUGCCUCCUUGUUUGAUGGAUAAGCACAAAGACCAAUCACAUAAGGAUCUCAAGUUUGUGAUGUGAAAAUAUUCGCAAGCCAUGAAGUGUCAUAAGUGUCAUAGGUCACCCUUGUGUAUCAUGUAUCCCUAAAAAUUGGGCGAUUUGCACCUGGUGUUAGACGGUGCUCAACAUUUGCACUUGCCUCAUAUGUUGUCGGCGUAACUUGAAACUAACGACGUCCAAUUCGUAUUACUGAAUCAACAGGCUGCUUAUCGUUCGCACUUGAAUUCGUUUCCUAAUCCAAACCCUCACAAGGUCAUCUGCUGUUUUUGAACUGAUGAUGUAUUUUUUUUUAUUCAUUAGAAAAAAUGGUAUUUGUGUUUGUUAUUAUUUAUUUAUCAGUGGGAGAGUUCACUAUAAAUGUUUUUUUACUGUUAUCGGAAGCAGUGCCUUCCAUAAUAUGACGGUUAUACUGUCAAAUGAUUAAAGCAGCAUCUGCUAUCAGAAAUACUUGUUACCAACAGCUGUCACCAGAAAUGGCUAUACAGUCGGCGCCUACGACCGUUUCUCAGGAGCGAGUUUGCUGUAAAUCGUCAACGUCUGGCUCCGUCUUGGACUUUGGUUCGAUAUCUGCUCCAGACGGUUAGAAUAAAGCUUUAAACUAGACGCCAAGGCAUGUGCUGAUAUAUAUUCCUAGCUAAAGCCACUAUUGGAAUGGUCAUCAUGGCAGUAAUAUUGUAUACUACAUGAGAUGGUUCUCAUUGGGGGUAAUUGACAAUUACCUUCACAAAAUAAACCACCCGUAAUUAUUGCAUGACUUCUAUUAUUCUCGACUAUAUAAAGCUAGCUAGAUUUUGCAUUGAUGCCAAAUCAAGUUUGCAGGAAGUUUUUAUGACUUCUAGUCAUUAAUGGGUAUUAAUUAGAGCCUUGUGGUAGGUGUUUUACCCAUGAUUGAACUUUAAUGGUGGCUUUAUGGUCUAGCUAUUCAGAGUUGGGGUUUCGAAUACAUCGUAUCGAAUCUCGGCUCUGCCUUCCGACUGGGCUGGGCGGCUGCAUGAACAAUGAUUGGCUGUUGUUCAUAGGGUUAAGGUGUAAAAAAUCGGAUCAUAGGUCCUCAUAACUGGUGCGACUGUGGCCCCUGCUGGCUGACUGAUGGCGCCUGCACAGCACAGGGCUGAGGAAUAAUGCUGAUGGGGGUGUGGCCCUCCGUACACUUCGGUGUGCCCAUCUGUGUAUGAACUCGACUCGUGCAGGUGAAAAAUGCAGCCUGUACUGAUGCUGCCGGAGGGGGCAUCCUCAGUCAGCGGUGAAGGGUCGAAUCAGUAUAGAGGACGCAUUCAGGGUAAUUGGACACGACUCGAUUAGGGGAGAAAAUUGGGGGAAAAAUAGAAAAAUUCAACAACACAAAAACAUUGGUCACCUAAUUCUUCCUCGGUAGUCAGUAGUACCCAGUAGUCAUCCAAAAGCACCUAACAUUUGCUUUGUCUCACUUAAAAAAGCAAAAUAAUUGUAUGACUAUGUCUCAGCACAGUGGUUCUCAAUAUUUUAAGCAUUCGAGACACCUUAUGGAUGACAGACUUGCAUUAGCCAACUGUUCCUAUGACGUAUAGUAGUAAUAAGCUGAAUAACGUUCACGCAGCCACCAUCCACACUAUCCAGAUAUCAGAACGUGCCUUCGAGGGCCAGACUUUUAGCCAUUUCUGUGACACCGAUUUUUGGAACUUAUUUCUAUCCUGAAGCAUUAUCGGGAGCAGUGUCUUCCAUAAUGCCAUUCGUGAAGGUAGUUUUUGCCUACCAGUGUGUAUUUAUCGAGGGCAGUGACCCUCAUAAUUCACUGUAGGGUGGAUUAAAUUAUCGGGAACAGUGUUUCCCAUAGUUUUUUAUAUCUAUUUAUUUUCUGUGUUGAUUUGUGUGUGUGUUUUCUGUUACUGUGAAAAGAAAUCAAUGUUCCUCUCAGCUACUACGAUGUUAAUGUGCUCAGCUGUAGGUUUGAGUCACGUUUUUGUAAGAUUUUGAGCAUUUAAAAAUUAAGAACUGUGUGUAGACUACUUUCUUUUCAACAUACUGUGGUGUGGGGACUUGUUUUAUUCAAUUUUAAUCUCUUUGAUUUGCCCAGUACUCAGGCCAUGGUUCCCCAACAAACUGUUUGGUCCUUGGUAAGAAAGUUCCUCAGAGAACCUUGUGGUUCUUCACAGCAGCUUUUCAAAAAUGGUUCUUCAAAUUCCAUCAAACAUCAGAGCUACCUCAAUGCUACACUGAACUUCUGACAGAACUACUAGUCAUAACAGAGUACCUCAAAUCCAAAACCACCUCCUUGUUUCUACACUCACUGUCCAUUUUAUCAGCUCCACUUACCAUAUAGAAGCACUUUGUAGUUCUACAAUUACUGACUGUAGUCCAUCUGUUUCUCUGCAUGCUUUGUUAGCCCCCUUUCAUGCUGUUCUUCAGUGGUCAGGACCACUACAGAGCAGGUAUUAUUUAGGUAGUGGGUCAUCCUCAGCACUGCAGUGACACUGACAUGGUGGUGGUGUGUUAGUGUGUGUUGUGCUGGUAUGAGUGGAUCAGACACAGCCGUGUCCACUCACUGUCCACUCCUACCUAGUUGAUCCACCUUGUAAAGUCAGAUGUAAAGUCAGAGACGAUCGCUCAUCUAUUGAUGCUGUUUGAGUCGGUCAUCUUCUAGAUCAGUGGUCACAGGACGCUGCCCAUGGGGCGCUGUUGGCUGGAUGUUUUUGGUUGGUGGACUAUUCUCAGUCCAGCAGUGACGGUGAGGUGUUUAAAAACUCAGCAGCAAAGAUAUUAGAAUGAGGGGAAUUGGACAUGGCUAAAUUAAGAAAGGAAAGAAAUAAAAAAAGUAUAUAUAGUCAUUCCUGCUACACAUACAGAAAAUGGCAUGGCAGCAUAGAUCACUGCUUUCACCUGUACUCCUUGUCCAUCUCUAUUAAUGCAAGACAUACCCACCCAGCUUAUAAAAUAAAUGUUCAAAAUCUUACAUCUUUUUUUUUUUAUUAUCAAUUUUAGCUUUGUGGUUGCUCUUCUGUUUUCUUGAUUUCAAAAUGUGUCGCUUAAUAAAGAGGUUUAGGUUUUCCUGUUUUCCACAGUAGAGUAGAAAUCAGAAUAUGGUUGUGGUGUGUUUACAAAUGUACGUUUUGCUAUUUGCUUAGGUCUUAUCUGCUUAUCUACAAUCGACUUAAAUGUUACUCUUGUUGCGUAUCUUUACGGAAGCCUGUUUCCUCGACCUAAAGAAGAAAAAAUAUAAAUUUAAUUUAAUUACUUUUGACUUACAUUUGAGCGGUAAAAUUAAUUUAAUUACUUUUGACUUACAUUUGAGCGGUAAAAUACACGCGCGUGCACCAGAGCUGGGAUUUUUAAUACAUUGUAUCGUAUCGAACCUCAGCUCUGCCAUCCGGCUGGACUGGGCAGCCACAUGAACAACGAUUGGCUGUCGUUCAGGGUGGGAUGAGCCGGACCAGGGUUCCUCAUAACGGGUGCAUUGAUGACCUCUGCUGGCUGAUUGAUGGUGCCUACGCAGAGGGGAAUAAUGUGAUCACGGUGUGGCUCUCCGUGUACAAGGCUGAUCCGCAUAUGAACUCGCCUCGUGCAGGUGAAGAGAGGCAGUCGGUGCUGCAUGUUCCUUUAGCUGUCAAAAUAAACAGAAAUUUUGAUUAAGCUCAAAAAAAGUCAAACUUUAAGAUGAAAUGUCAUGUUUUCAUUUCAAUUUGGAUUUUAUAUCUUCUUUAGGAUGAGGAAACCAGCUUCCAGAAAAUGCUCUUUGACAUUAUAGCACUUACUGUUUCUGAAUCAAUUAAACGCCCUACAUGCGGAAAUGCAAUUCUUUGUUUAAUAAUUGACUGCAAAUAACAUGAAAAAUGACCAAAGUUAUUAUGCUUUAAGGUUUAAUGUGUUAUCUCAAGUAACCAGACUUCGGCUUUUACAUUGAUUUGUAAAAGGUUUUACAAAGUAAAAAAAAAGAUGUUAAAUCACUGAAAUCUUUUGUAAAGGUAAAAAUUCAGUAAAUAAUUAGGAACUGUUAAAAGUUAUUAAACUUAUAUAUAUAUAUAUAGUUAUUGACUUAUACAAAUUGGUAAAAUCUUCUGAGAAACUUGCUUUUGCUAUGAAAUAAAUAUCUUCUGCACUUA